CUCACCAUCUUCCUCCAUCUUCUGAGCCUCACACAGUCCAUCCUCCAACCAUGACAGCUGCACUUCAGAGCGUCACUCACAACCUCCCCGGGUUCAUCCGGGAUCCAGCCAUUGCCCUCAUCGGCCAAGAGUGCUACACCACCCUAGUCUACAAUGUCGACCUCUCCUCGCAGCGUUGUAUCCGUCUCUUCAUCUCAAAGGGACUCGGAUUAGGCAUCGUCGUCUUUGGAAGUAUCAUGAAGUUACCACAGAUGAUCAAGAUUAUCAAUGCUCAGUCGGCAAAGGGAAUCUCGCUUACCAUGUAUGCUCUAGAGGUGUGGGCGUACACCGUCAGCCUCAUCUACGCCUAUAGGUCAAAGCUGCCCUUUAGUACCUAUGGAGAAAAUGCUAGCUUGACGCUGCAGAACAUGCUCAUCACCCUCCUUAUCAUCUACUACUCUCCCUCCGCCUCCCGCCCAAUCACAGGCGGAGGGGCCAUCCGUACUUCUUCCUCCUCCACUUCCUCUCGAGUGGUACCCCUCACUCUCGCAACCCUAAGCAUGAUCUCCCUAACCCUCUUCCUCCUCACUCCGUCCUUUUGCUCUUCAUCCCUCCUGACCCUCCUGCAGGGGACAACCAUUCCCGUCUCCCUCCUGAGCAAGAUUCCUCAGAUUCUGGAGUUGAACAGGGAAAAGGCAACGGGAAAUCUCAGCGCAAUCGUGGUGUUCGCACAGCUGCUUGGGACGGUAGCUAGAGUCUUUACCACGGCGACGGAGACGGAUGAUCUACUCCUCCUGGCCGGGUUUGCAGGAGCGACCGUUUUUAAUGGCAUCAUCGCAGCGCAGUACAUCAUGUACUGGAAUGGGGACAAGGCGGCCUACAAGUCGCCUGGUGGGAAGAGGCUGGAUUGAGCAGCAGGAUUGAGCAGCAUAGAGGCAAAGGGAGGGACCGGGAAGAAUUGUCGCCGCAACCGUGAAAUAGAGAAGCUUUGCAAGGAGCUUUACGCGAGAGGG